AUGAACAAAGAACUUAGCAAUAAGCUAUUCAGACUGGAACCAGUUCAAUAUGGUGACAUUCCCAACUUUGAUAAUCAAAGAAAACGGUCUUCUGAUGUUCUUUUUGAGGAAUGUAUGGAUUACGGAGAUAAAGAUGAGUAUAAACACCGUCAAAACAUCAUGGACAAGUUCUUUGAUGAUGAACACAUUGACAGGCAAGUAAGUUCUAGAUCUAGCAACUGGACUAAAAAUAAUACUGAGAUUCCCACAGGGACUACCCCAUCUAGAAACAAUAACAACUCAACAGUCAACUGGCUGGAGAAGGAGAAAUUCUCUAUAGAUAUUUACUACUUAUUUGUACAUGAUGUAUAUCAAAAAUAUCUAUCUCAUUUUGAGUGUUGUCCAGAUUGCAAAGAAAAAGGAAUUGAAAAACCCAGAAAGAGGAAAGACACCUUUACGGCAUAA